UUCAUUGACUACCAGAGAGGUCAGGAAAGCGCGUAUAAACUAACGGGGAACAGAGAAGCGCUCUCUCUCUACAUUUCCUCAGCCAACAAAGCAGAGUAAGAAACAAUGGCCUCUGAAAAUGACACUUCCAGAUCCGGAUCAGCCACCACAAUUGCCGCCACUAACGGCGGCGAAUCAACAGCACCACCAAAGCGCAAGACAGCUCUGAUCACAGGCAUCACCGGCCAGGACGGGUCAUACCUCACCGAAUUCCUCCUCAACAAGGGGUACGAAGUCCACGGUCUGAUCCGACGGUCCUCCAAUUUCAACACCCAGCGGAUCAACCAUAUCUAUAUCGACCCCCACAACGCCCACAAGGCCCUCAUGAAGCUCCACUACGCCGACCUCACCGAUGCCUCCUCCCUCCGCCGCUGGCUCGACACCAUUCUCCCCGACGAGGUCUACAAUCUCGCCGCCCAGUCCCACGUCGCUGUCUCCUUCGAAAUCCCCGAUUACACCGCCGACGUCGUCGCCACCGGCGCCCUCCGCCUCCUCGAGGCGGUGCGUUCCCACAUCGCCGCCACCGGCCGCUCCCACAUCCGCUAUUACCAGGCCGGAUCCUCCGAAAUGUUCGGAUCUACCCCGCCUCCCCAGUCCGAAUCGACCCCAUUCCACCCGAGAUCGCCGUACGCGGCGUCCAAAUGCGCCGCCCACUGGUACACCGUGAACUACCGCGAGGCCUACGGGAUCUACGCCUGCAACGGCAUUCUCUUCAACCACGAGUCGCCCCGGCGGGGCGAGAACUUCGUGACCCGGAAGAUAACGCGGGCCGUGGGUCGGAUCAAGAUCGGGCUCCAGAGCAAGCUGUUCUUGGGCAAUUUACAGGCGUCGAGGGACUGGGGUUUCGCCGGCGACUACGUGGAGGCGAUGUGGAUGAUGCUACAGCAGGAGAACCCCGACGACUACGUGGUGGCGACGGAGGAGUCGCACACGGUGGAGGAGUUCUUGGAGGUGGCGUUUGGAUACGUUGGGUUGAAUUGGAAGGAGCAUGUGGUGAUUGACAAGAGGUAUUUCAGGCCUGCGGAAGUGGAUAACCUGAAAGGCGAUUCGAGCAAGGCGAGGAAGGUACUUGGGUGGAAGCCCAAAGUAGGGUUUGAACAGUUGGUGAAGAUGAUGGUUGAUGAGGAUGUAGAAUUGGCCAAGAGAGAGAAAGUGCUUGUUGAUGCUGGGUUUAUGGAUGCUCAGCAACAACCUUGAUCAGCAAUGUUUGCAUUCAAUUGUAGCAUUUGAAGUUUAUCUGGUUCAACAAUGGUUCCUAUAGUUGAUAAUUUAGUACUAUCAUCUUAAAGGUGGGUGUUAUUGUUUUUGUUUUUUUUUUUUAUUAAUGUUUUUAUUCUUUUGGGCCUUAACAUAAGGGUUUUGAUGUUUGGGUUGUUUGAUUUUCUUCAUCCCCAGUUAUUCAGUAAAAUGAAAUUUAUAAAAAUUUUGAUGUUACUAUA